AUGAACCAGGACUUUGACUUGAUGAUGUCUGAUGCGAAGUUCACUGCUGAUACUAGAACCGAUUUCUACGACCGCAGUCUGACGAGCCGCAAAUAUGCCCUUGUCGGAGUGGCAUGCUCGAGUAUCUUCGGCUGCUCAUGCAUCAUUGCAAGCAUCGUCAUUUUAGCCAUUUACAGAGUCUCGGGAGUAGCCACGACCAACACAGCCCUUGAUUUUACUCUGCAGGUGCUGAAGGUAAUAUUGCCAGUAAUUGUCACGUUGUGCACCGAGUCCAUAGGCUUCGUACAUGGCGUCUCAUUGCGCUCUGCGCUAGCCUCAGAGUCUCGACUUCGUUUCAACACCAAUCUCCGCCUUCUGACUGCAGCUCGAGGGUGGUAUAACCCUAACGGCGCACUGCUUAAUGGCAUCUCGGCUGUCCUCCUCAUUAUAUCCUACAGCUCGGCCUCACUCGUCAUAUGUUUUGACUUUACCGUGGAAAAUUGGGGUCUUCAACCUGCCAUCGCAGGGGUACCUCUCCUCAUUUUGGGCGUCGCACUUCUUCUCCAGGUGAUGAUCGCAUUGUCAGCAAUGAGGGCUAUCAAAAUGUUGACAUGGAGCUCCUCGCCUUUCGACUUGACCGCCGCACUAGUUCACCACACCCAAUUGACCCCUAAUACUCUCCGGUGCAUGCGUUGCGUGUCUGACCUGGACACAUAUGGAGGUCCAACGAAGCCACGAGAGGUACAGCCCUCUGCGUGGCAUGCUCACCCUAGCAUCCGGAAAGUUGUCAUUUCUCUUUGGGUGAUUGUUGCAGCAUGCGCUGGAUGGGCCGCACUCAUCAUGUAUAUCUGGGACAAGUGGCCCAUUUCGCAUCCAACGGCCUCCAGUGCGCUGACCCCACAAACGUGGUCGUUCUCGCCCACCUCGCAGUCCAAUUUCAUCGUGUAUGAUGCACCUGGUGUCAAUGUUGGGACGUGGGCUAUACUCUUUGUCAGCAUGGCAGUCUUCCAGGGACCGUUGACGCUCGGGCUGCAUUGCUCGGAGCUCAUCGCGAAUGUCAUUCGAGACGAAAGACAGUGGAGAUGCGCUACUGGAAGGAAAGGGCUUAGAACGGCGACGAACCCGGUGAAGACGAUUGUCACUCAUCCGACCAGUCUCGUACUUUUUCUCGCGAAGCCUUUCCUGCACUGGAUGUUUGGGAAAUCAUUCAUGAUAUCUAAUCCCGUCUAUGACGGGACAAUACUAGUAGCAGGACCGUGGGUGUUCAUGUUCACUGCCCAGAUCUGGAACUUAUGCUUUGCACUCGUUGUAUUUGCCUGCUUCUUCACUUUCGUUGCACUGCGCCGACCGCGUGGUCCUCAGCCUGCUGCAUACGGCCACGUCCAGACGCUCGCCAACCUCGUGGAUGAGUGGUCGUCUGUGAUGUGGUGGGGACACAAGAAGGACGGAAUUCCGUACUGUCAUGCUGGGACGAGCGAUCACCCGCUGCCGGAUGUGAAGAUGGACUGCGUUUAUGCUGGUUCCGGUGCUGAGUACUGA